AAUAACUUGGAAAAAUCCAAAAGCCAUACCGAGGCAUACAGAACAGAGAUAAAUAAUAUCAUAGAAUGCCUAAAUCAGCAGGAGCUUCCAGAUUUACAUCUCGACCGGCAUGACCAGCACUGGCUUGACAGCAACCAGGAAUAUGACAAAAAAGAAAUGGGCACAUUAGAGAGGAUGAUGAACCUUCUUGAGCCGAUUCAACAAGGCUCCAUCAAAGUAAAUAGCCAUGCUGUACAAAUAUACCGAACGUUGUCCACCAAGCCUAUACACAUUGUGAAAAAUGUCCAUAUUUUACUCUCUGAGUUUCGCAAUUGCGCUCUGGAAGCAAAGCAUACUACUGCGAGUAUUUUAAUUUUCCGGGGUUUGUUUCUUGAAAUGUGUGCUCGGAACCCUUACAGCCAACUCCUUUUUGGUAAGGGAAGGACGGAAUUCCUUAACGAUUUACUUUACCUCGAUAAGAGCCGAUACGCUUCACAAUACCUCUACUUGACGCUGGGUCAUAUCUGCCAAGAGCAUGAGACACAUGAUUUAUAUUUUAAUCUCGAUGCUAUGCGAGAUGAUGAUGAAGCGAACUGUGCAUUCGAGUUUCAUUUUGCUUUCCAACGGACAGAUCAUACGCAAAACGACUUAGUAUGGAUGAGGUCUUCUCCACUCGAACGGAAAUUAUCCGGAAGUCGUAAUACGCGAAUCAGCAACUCGUUCGGCCCCUUUUGCCCAGGGAGACUAGCGCAGAACUCAGGCCUUGAGAUGGAGAUAGGGGAGGGAUUCGUGAUACAACAGACAUGGAUCAAUACCGGCCAGAGUACCGACCAGAGGCCACAAAUGCAGCUUUCUAGUUUUCUAAAGGACUACCAAACACGAGGUCCAAGACUGAGGUUGGCAAGACUUAUUUCGGAAGCCGUCCUGAGGCUAGACCCAAGUCUAUGGCAGCGGGGAGGAUUAGAGAGCGAAAACGUAAUAGUAAUCGCACCCUUAAAAUACGGAAGGGUUGAUUCUCUCCAAUCCCAUAUUCAGGUUUCCUUAGAGCGCCAUAAUACAGAGCACAAUGGCAACUGCCAACAGCGUCAGGCUCAAGCCAGUACAAUUCUUUCGAGUCUCGGGUUAAUACUGCUUGAGUUGGCAAAGGCAGAGUCAAUUUUGAGACCGGAGUCAGAGGGUUGUAUAGUACCAUUGAGUGAUGAGGAAUUCAAUUCUGUGGAGCAUGAAAUGGGGAUUUAUUACGCAGUGGCAGUGCGUUUUUGUUUAUCAUAUCACCCACCGGAUGACAACCUUUAUGAUGUGGAGGUGCAGAGAAAUUUCUACGAACGAGUUGUCCAUGGCUUGAGGUUGCAAGAAACUGAAGAAGAUGAGGCAAUGGCACCCGCAUAUGAGGCUUUAGCCCUUCAAGGUUGUCUACCUACCUAGGUACCUAGGUAGAUAUAAGAGUCAUACCAGCGUGAAGCACUCUCAGAUAAUCCUGGAGUUCUCUACAUUUCUUUACUGUGUUAUUCCUAAAUAUAUUUUGAAGUUGGCCGUCCUUGUCAUGAAACCAACCAUAUAAGGGGGUUAAUAACUCUGUUGUUGCGCGAGGAGAUCGCAAGUAGCUGCUACGGAAGCUAUUGUAUACAUAUAAGAAUGACCUCUUUGUUCUAAGGACUCCCUUGCCUCCACAUUGGCGAUAAGGAGUUCCUCCGAUACUUCCCAGGAUGUAUCCCUUCGUAUGGCUUAACUACUGACAGUCCUAAUUAUUCACAAAUAGUUCCUGUGUCCUGAUCUCCUAGUCCCUCUACUAUGGCAAUAGGGAAAUAAUGCAACGCUUCGCAGAGCCAGACAACUGACAGGCCGAUCACUUUUACUCUCAAGCUUAAUAUAUUUUAUUUGUGUGUCCGAUCCCC